AUCGCCUCGCCUCGCCUCGCCGCCAACCUUCACGAAGCCUCCUCCGCCGCCGCCGCCGCCGCAGAGGCGUCAUGGGCGUGUACACCUUCGUGUGCCGGAGCUCCGGCGACGAGUGGACGGCCAAGCAGCUCAAGGGCGAGCUCGAGGCCUCGGCCGCCACCCACUACGAGCUGCAGCGCCGCCUCGUCGCCGCCGCGUCCGCCGCCGACUCCGCCGCGGGAGUCCAGUCCUCCUUCGCCAUGGUCACCCCCAGCUCCGCCGUCUUCCAGGUGAUCAUUGGUGCCGUUGGUGGUGGUGCUGCGAUUGGUGGAGGUGCUGCCGCUGGUGGUGCUGCUGCUGGUGGAGCUGCCGCCGAGGCCCCCAAAGCCGAGGAGAAGAAGGAAGAGGAGAAGGAAGAAAGUGAAGAUGACCUUGGAUUCUCCCUCUUCGAUUAGAUUUUGCUUUCCUAUAUCCCACAAGUUUGUCAUGGUCUUUUUGCGGUAGUUUUGGUGUUUGAUGCCCAUGAACCAGAGGCUUGGCAACCUGCUAAAGUCUCUUAAGAUACCUUGACUUGUGGUCAUGAAUGUUGGCUAUAUAUCUGUGUGGUUUUCAGUUUA